AUGAAGACCAUUCUCAGCAACCAGACGGUCGACAUCCCAGAAAAAGGUAUGUGCAUCCACUUGGAUGUUUUUAUUUUUAGCACUACCACACACACCCACCCAAAAAAUACCCCAAAAUCUUUAAUGUUCUUAUCACUUGCAGUUGCUGUAUGUUGUACUAAUGUUUAAUUAUCUCCAUCCAGUCGAGGUUCGUUUGAAGGGACGGACAGUUAUUGUCAAGGGCCCCAGAGGAACCCUGCGAAGGGACUUCAAUCAUAUCAAUGUGGAACUCUCUCUCUUGGGAAAGAAACGCAAGAAGGUGAGCAAUUUGUGGAUGUUGUGAGCGUUACUGUAUAUCAUGUUUCUGCUGACAACGGAAGCUGUUGGCCCUGUGCAAUGUUUUCAGAUUCCAUGUUAGCUUUGUAUUGUCAGUAAUGGUUGCUGGAUUCUAUGGCUAUAAUUACACGUUUGCUGGUAGAUGUGUCAGUUGUGAAGCACUGCACCAAUGGGGCAGUUGGCUGUGGAAAAGCAGUAGGUGGGAGGAGGGACUUAAUCCUUUCCUUUCCAAUUUUUUUCUUUGCAAACUUCACCUCCAAGCUGCUUUUCUUUGCUAUACAGCAGAUACGGAUCUGGGACGCUUUCUGCGGAGUGGAGAGUUGCACAGGGAAAGUGGCAGGCAGAAAGGCUUAGUAUCUGUUUACUGUUUUUCAGUGCUUUGGAGCAGACCUGUGUUCUGUAAAACAUGUAAUCUUAACUUUUUGAAAAGUGAAACAUGCACUUAUUUAAGAUGCAUAUGUACUUGUUUACAGAAGUUUCUAAGCAGUAUAUUGAGAGAAAAGGUGCUUUGGGGUGUUUUGUCUGAUAAAUGAACCUCUUGCAUAUGAUGUUUCAAGUGCGAGAUUUCCAGAGGACGUUGUUGCAUCCUACAGCACAGCCAGUCAGUUUGCAAGAAAAAUGAGUCCCCUGUUUUUUGUUUCAGGUGCAAAAAUGCUUGUGGCCGAUUCAUGUUAAAAUAAACGAGGAUGAUAGGCAGUGGACUAGAUCAAGACAUUUGGUGCUAUUAGAGCUAUUAAUUAAUAAUGGCGUGUAGCAAUACUAACACACGCCAGCUGGUUCCCAAUCUCUGUGAAUUGUUGUGUUUUAAUUAAGAAUAAAUUGGAACCCUGAGCUAGCCUUUCUUCUAUUAGCAAAUGUCAAAUGUCUGUGGUUUAUUGUUCACUGAAUUUUAGUUUUCAGUGUAAUUAACAGGACAUGGCUCUUGGCAGUGAAUAUGGACCAUUCACUUUUCAGAACAUUAACAUAUUUGUGUAUUACUCCCAUUAUAUGGGAGGCAAAGUGUACUGACAGUACAGUGGUACCUCGGGUUAAGUACUUAAUUCGUUCCGGAGGUCCGUACUUAACCUGAAACUUUUCUUAACCUGAAGCACCACUUUAGCUAAUGGGGCCUCCUGCUGCUGCCGCACCGCCGGAGCAUAAUUUCUGUUCUCAUCCUGAAGCAAAGUUCUUAACCUGAAGCACUAUUUCUGGGUUAGCGGAGUCUGUAACCUGAAGCGUAUGUAACCUGAGGUACCACUGUAGUCCACUUGUACUCCAAAUGUAAGUCCUGAUACAGCCAAAACAGUAGCUCCAUACACAAGAGGGACCUAUGGCAGCAACUCCAAGGUUUGCAGUGCAGUUGUGCCUUGGAAGUCGAACGGUAUCCAUUCCGGAAGUCCAUUUGACUUCCAAAACGUUUGGACACCAAUCCUGCAGCCAAUCGGAAGCCCCAUUGGACAUUCAGCUUCUAAAAAUAGUUCGCAAACUGUAACUGUCACUUCCGGGUUUGUGACGUUCGGAAACAGCUGUUCGAAAACCAAGGUACGACUGUAGUUUUCUAUGGGGAAAAAGCCUCAGAGGCUGGGUACCAAUGUGGAUUCAGUGGUCAAAGAGGCAGUUACUGUAUGUGCUGUAGAGGGAAAUGAGGGGCAGGUGGAGCUCAUCAACCUAGGAAGGUACCUAUCUAGGAGAAGGAAUGGCCUGGCGGCUUUCAUGAGAAUGAUUUAAGGAGUGAAAACAGCAUGAGGGGCAGCAGUUACGAGUUACUGGUCUCCACAGCCACAACAAGCACUGUGGUUCUCCAUUGGUUUGACUUCAACCCUGUAGGUACACUCCAUUGCCUCUUGAGACAUACAGAUGCCAACAACAACAGUUAGGGGAAAAGGUGGUGGUGGAAAUUUAAUAUUCUAGAAAGACUAUAUCACUGUUAGUCUAGAAUCCUGAACAGGAGCAUUCCACACUGCAGUAUUUUGUAUAGCUGACUACACAGUUGAAUAAAGACAGUCAUUGAGGUAUAUGACUUGCUGCUCUCUAUAAAUUUUUUUAAAGAAACUCUGAACUAGUUCACAUAAGAUGUGUUCUCCACGUAAUUAGUCCUGACCAUCCCUGGGUAUGCAUUCUUACAGAUAUUAUAAUGUGUGAACUGAGUAGAUACAAUUAAAUAUUAAAUACAGCUGCUGUUAAAGUGCUGGGCCUUCCAUCAGUUUGUACCCAAGAAGAUGAAGGUAAUUAUAUUGAUGUCUUGUGUGAACUUGGCCUCAGUUUCUCUAAAGUAGUAGCACUUCCUUUAAAACUGUGUGUGUGUGUGUUGCUGAUACAAGAAACACAUGUAGCAAUGUUGACUUGGCAGAUGAGGAUAGCAGUACUACUUGAUCAUUUGAUAAAUACCGUAUAUAGAAAUUGGAAAUAAUCAUAUUUGCUGGUGUGGAAAUUCAUUAAUCUAUUAAAACUUAAUUCUUGUAAUGUGUACACGGAAAACGUGUUUUAUACUUGGAAAUGAGCAGCCUGUUUUUAUACACUUCAUUGUUUUUUCUGUAGCUGCGUGUUGACAAAUGGUGGGGUAACAGAAAGGAGCUGGCAACAGUCCGCACAAUUUGCAGUCAUGUGCAAAAUAUGAUCAAGGGUGUCACAUUGGUAAGUUUCCAGUGGGAAUUUGCUAUUAAGUGUUGAUAUAGCCAACUUCAUCUUUGCAGCUACACUACAGCCAGAUGGGCGGGUAUAAAUAAUAAAUUAUUAUAUAUUAUUAUUAUUAUUAUUAUUAUUAUUAACAUACUAUUUGGAGCAUAAAGUGCUUUAGAGUCAGUUUGGACAAAAACACUUAAGUUUCUCUUUUCCCCUGUUUGUUUGAUUUUAAAUGUGUGUGAUUCCAGGGCUUUCGCUUACAAGAUGAGGUCAGUGUACGCUCACUUCCCCAUCAAUGUGGUUAUCCAGGAGAAUGGCUCACUUGUGGAAAUCCGUAACUUUCUUGGGGAGAAGUACAUCCGUCGGGUGCGCAUGAGGCCAGGUAAGGAGCUAGUUACUGUGGCGAUAUCUGUUACCAAGAUUGAUAUAAGAAUUGGGGGGUGGGUAGUCACACCUAGGCUUCAAAUGAAUCCUAUAAUGUCCAAAAACCUGUAUUUUUCCAAGCAAGUUGUUUGUACCAUAUGAUAACUGGAAAAAAGCUUGCAGAAUCGGAUACUUGUCUUUUGGAGUUCUGCCUUGCUCUGGAUUACCUCCAUUUUUCAAGUUAAAAGUAUUUUGAAAAUGCAAAAUUAAUAUGCACUAAUCUUUAAAAAAUAAUUGUGAUAAUGUGCCCCCAUUAAAUUUCUGUAACGAGAAAACCUCCAAGCACUGGUUUUAUUCCUGCUACAGAAGCACAGAUUAAUGGGCAUGUAUUACAAUAAUUCUGUGUCUUGCAUGUCAUGUGACUUCAGGAAGAAAGAUACAGAAAACGCCUUUUCCCGUGCUACUGAUGUAGGAACUUAAUGUCCCAGUAGGCUAGUUAAGAUGGUAUUUUAAGUUUGGGAGUUUUAUGAUGGAGUAUGAAAUGAUUUUUAUUAAUUUUUCAUUAAUAACAUUCCAAUGGAUUCAAUACAAAAUAUUGCCACAUCAUAAUACAAAUAAUAAAGCCAAUUAUACAUUCCAAAUUAUAUAUUUUAGGUGACUUCCCAUGUUCUGGCUGACGGGAGAAAUUUUUAUUCCUUGUUCCUGUUUCUUCUCUUGUUUAUUCCCAAUAUACCAGUUCCGAUCUUAAUCCUUUAUCUUAUUUUAGCAGCCACUGAUGUGAGACUUUGAGUCAUAUUUAACAGAUCUGUAUGUGUAUUAACAUGCAAGAGGGAUUUUUAUCCUAUUGUUUUUGUCCUUCCUGUUGUUGUCCACCAAUUGCAUUGGACAGAACCCCAUCAGCAAUGAGUGCCCAAUUCCCUCAGGCCUGUUGGUCUUAGUACUGUGCUAUGUGUGUACAGGAUGCAAUUUAUUCUGGUGGCGCUGUGGUCUAAACCACUCAGCCUCUUGGGCUUGCCGAUCAGAAGAUCGGUGGUUCAAAUCCGUCCGGGGUGAGUGUCUGUUACUCUGCCCCAGCUCUUGCCAUCCUAGCAGUACGAAAGCACACCAGUGCAAGUAGAUAAAUAGGUACCGCUGCGGAAGCAAGGUAAAUGGUGUUUCCAUGUGCUCUGGUUUUCCUCACGGUGUUCUGUUGCUUCUGAAGCGGUUUGGUCAUGCUGGCCACAUGACCCGGAAAGAUGUCUGUGGACAAACGCAGUCUCCCUUGGCUUGAAAGCAAGAUGAGCGCAGCAACCCCAUAGUCACCUUUGAGUGGACCUAACCGCCCAGGGGUCCUUUACCUUUUACCUUUUUUUGCAGUUUAUUAUAGUAAGGGAUCAUGACUAGAUAGCCGAGAUAAGUAUGCAAAUGUAUGUGUUCUGUUUUUAAAAAAUGGUGGACUUGUAUGAGAAGGAUAAAUUUUUUUGAUUGAAGAAAUGUGUGCUUUUAAAACAUUUUUAAAGGGGUCAACUGUGCAGUAUCGCAAGCCCAGAAGGAUGAGCUGAUCCUUGAAGGAAAUGACAUUGAAUUGGUAUCUAACUCUGGUAUGUCAGUUAAUUAUUGUAUUGUGGAAAUAAUGGUUUUACUUUGAUGUGGUCCAUAAACAUGCAACAACUGCCGUUUAAUUCAGCUUGCAUUGUCUGUAUACUACUAAAACAUUGGAAAACUUACUUUAAAUAAUGUCUAAAGUUAAAAGAGAAGCUUAUUUUGUUGGGUGUGUUUAGUUAGACUAAACAAGGUUAAUUGUUUUGUCUUCCAUAGUCUGUUGCUAUUGUUUCUCCAGCAACAAAUAGGAACAAGUGUUGCUAAUGGGACAGGAGAAGUUUGACUUGACAGGGAAACUACCUAGCUUGAUUUGAAGUUAGCAGUAUUUGUCCUCGUUCUUGUUCAAUUGGCUUGUUUGAUUAAAUUGGGAAAAUACGAUUGCUUUGUUAAGCCAAUCUUGCUUAAAUUAUCCUCUUUUUGUUACAGCUGCCUUGAUUCAGCAGGCCACCACAGUCAAGAAUAAAGAUAUCAGGAAAUUUUUGGAUGGUAUCUACGUCUCUGAGAAGGGAACAGUACAACAGGCAGAUGAAUAA